AUGGAAGGUCUUGAAUCUUCUGAUAAGGCUGCUUGGACAAAGGAAAUGUUGCAUAUAUUUUGUGAUAUAUGCAUUAAGGCAAUUGAUAUGGGAAUGAGACCUAAUACUCAUUUCGAUAAACCGGGGUGGAAAUUUCUUAUAACAUCAUUCAAAGAACAAACUGGGCAUGCAUUUACUAAAACACAAUUGAAAAACAAAUGGGAUGGAUGCAAAAAGGAUUGGAGGAUAUGGAAUAAGCUGGUUUCUGAAACCGGUGUUGGCUGGAAUAGUGAAUUAGGCACAAUUGCAGAAAUUAGAGGAGCCAAAAAAUUCAGACAUGUCGGUAUUGAGCCGUCUUUAAAGAAUAAAUUUGACCGAAUGUAUUCCAACAUUGUCGCAACUAGAGCGUUUGCAUGGGCUCCUUCAUCAGGUGUACCUGCUGGCAGUGGUGUUGAUCCUGGUACAAGCAAUGCCGACAUUGCUGAUGAUGGUUUGGAAGAGGGCAGCGGUGAUUCGGAGGAAGAUGUGAUUCCAGAUUUCCAGACUGAUAUGGCUCGAAUGGUUGGAGGGAUACAUAUGUCUAGCAGCACCAAUACAAAAAGCGGCGAGAAAAGAAAAGAACGAGAUCAUUAUGAUGUGCGAGGUAGAAAGAAGAAAACAUCUGGAAUUGGUGUUAAGUUGCUGACAAGGUGCAAUCAUCUACUUGAGAGUAUGUCAACUAAGAGUGAUUCGACGUCUGUUAAUAUGGAUCGUGAAGGCUGUAGUAUUCCCGAGGUCAUGGCUGAGCUGCACUCCAUUCCUGGAGUUUCAGUUGACGAUGAUUUUCAUGACUUCGCUACGGAGUAUCUUAGUCUAAGAAGGAAAAGAGAAAUGUGGUCCAGUAUGGGCGAUAUGCAACAGAAGUUGCGAUGGUUGCAGCGAAUGUAUGAACGAAGUAAACGUGCUUAG